GCAACGCGAAACCCUCCGCCACACCUACACGGAGGAAGCCGAGAAAACCAGAGGGUUACGCUAGACGGAGGUUUGGCAAUGGCUCUGUACGUGCUGUACGAGUCGGCGAGUGGAUACGGCUUGUUCUUGGCGGACGGGAUAGAUGAAAUCGGCCAGAACACCGAGGCCGUUCGGAGUUCGGUUUCGGACUUGAACCGGUUCGGCAAGGUUGUGAAGCUUGCCGCUUUCACUCCAUUUGAGUCUGCCUUGGAUGCGCUAAACCAGUGCAAUGCUGUCUCCGAAGGUCAAAUGACUGAUGAGCUGAGGAACUUUUUGGAGCUUACUUUACCCAAGGUGAAAGAAGGUAAGAAGCCUAAGUUCAGUGUGGGUGUGGCUGAGCCAAAGCUUGGAUCACAUAUUUAUGAGGUAACCAAGAUACCGUGUCAGAGCAAUGAGUUUGUUCUGGAGCUUCUUCGAGGUAUACGGCUCCAUUUUGCACGGUUUAUCGACAAUCUAAAGCCUGGUGAUUUGGAGAAAGCACAACUUGGAUUGGGUCACAGUUACAGCAGAGCGAAGGUGAAGUUUAAUGUGAACCGUGUUGACAAUAUGGUUAUUCAGGCUAUCUUCACUCUUGAUACACUCGACAAAGAUAUCAAUUCUUUUGCCAUGAGAGUGAGAGAAUGGUACUCUUGGCAUUUCCCUGAGUUGGUGAAAAUUAUCAAUGAUAACUACCUGUAUGCUAAGAUUGCAAAAUAUGUGGAUGAUAAAUCUCAAUUGUCUGAGGAUCAUCUAGCCGGGCUGACUGAAAUAGUUGGAGAUGAAGAUAAAGCUAAGGAGAUCAUAGAAGCUGCUAAAGCAUCCAUGGGACAGGAUUUGUCUGUAGUAGAUUUGAUUAAUGUCAAGCAAUUUGCACAAAGGGUGAUGGAUCUUGCCGAGUACAGGAAAAAGCUAUAUGAUUAUCUUGUCGUAAAAAUGAGCGACAUAGCACCUAAUUUAGCUGCAUUGAUUGGUGAAGUUGUUGGUGCCCGUUUGAUUUCUCAUGCUGGUAGUCUCACAAACUUGGCGAAAUGUCCCUCUUCAACUCUUCAAAUUCUUGGAGCGGAAAAGGCUCUCUUUAGGGCAUUGAAAACCCGUGGGAACACUCCCAAGUAUGGUCUUAUAUUCCACUCUUCUUUCAUUGGCCGUGCGUCUGCUAAGAAUAAAGGUCGGAUGGCUCGUUAUCUUGCAAACAAGUGCUCCAUUGCAUCUCGCCUUGAUUGUUUCUUAGAGAAAAGUACUACCGCCUUUGGAGAGAAGCUCCGUGAACAAGUUGAAGAGCGGCUAGAUUUCUAUGAUAAAGGGGUUGCUCCCCGGAAAAACAUUGAUGUGAUGAAAUCUGCUCUCGAUACAGCCGUCACCAAAGAGAAUGAUCCAACUACUGCUGUGAAUGGAGAUGCUAAUGGUGAGCCUAAAACUGAAAAGAAGAAGAAAAAGAAAGAGAAGCGGAAAGCAGAGGAGGAAGACGAACCAGAACCAGAGCAAGCGAAGGAAGAUGCGGAAAUGGCAGACGCCGAAGACGGGACUGCCAAGAAGAAGAAAAAGAAAAAGACUAAAGACGAGAACUCAGAAGCUCCUCCUCCACCUGCCAGUGAAGGGAAGAAGAAGAAGAAGAAAUCGAAGAGCGAAAAUGGUGAGUAAAUAUAUAGAUAGAUUGCAAGAUGGAUCUAUCAAAUAUUUUGGUCAGAGUAGCAAUGGAGGCCUGCUGGAUUUAGAGUUAUGGUUUUGUGGCCCCCAUUUUGAUUACCUAUUGUCGAAAACCUUUAUAUCUAUUACCUUUCCAAAUGUGCUUUUUCCCUAUUAUUAUUGUUAUUAUUUCGUUCUA